AACUGGAGGAGGUGUGACAUGGACUUCACAGCAGAACACACUGGCCUGAGAAAGCUGUUUAUGGUGGAAUGAAACGUAAGCUACAACCAUCACUGACUGAAAAACCCACAGCACAGAAAUGAAAGCACAUUCACACAUUUUGUUCAGUCAGUCGUAAAAGUUGCCGUUCGUGACAGAGUGGGACAGCUGUCCAUCAGAAGAUCUAGAAACAAGGCCAGGGUGCAUGGUUCACCACAGAAAUGAGCAGGGGGAAGUGCUUCAGCACCUUCUCUGUCUGAAGAGGUGUUAACCACUUAUAAACAUAAAGGAAAUAAUAGGUUUUACAAGCAUGCACCUGUUGACUGCAAUACUUCUCCUGAGGCUGCCAGGUCUGUUGUGUGGACCCAGUGUGACCUACUCCUCUACACGAGUCUGUGGUCUUAAAGGGUCAUCAGUGGUCCUGCCCUGCACAUAUUACUACCCAUGGGGUCAUAUUUAUCAGGGAGGAGAGUGGCAGAAGGAGAAGAGAGGGAGAGUCAGAGAACACAGCAACUCUAAAUAUCCUGACUGCAGCCUGAACAUAGAAAACCUUUCAGAUGAAGACUCUGGUGUUCAUCGGUUUCGGUUUUACACAACCCUAUACCUGAGUUGGAUAACUGGCAGUUCUGCUGUUUCACUCUCAGUCACAGACCUGCAGGUGAAGGAGGAUGCUGUUGCAGGGAAUCAGAAUCAGACUAAAGUGAGCUGCAGCACCUCCUGCAGUUUGGGCUCUCAGUAUGUCUGGUACAAGAAUGGAAAGACUCUACAGGGCAAAACCACAUCCUCCAUAUUACUAGACUCUACCAGAGCCUCUGAAAAGGGAAACUACUCCUGUUCUGUGAGAGGUCAUGAGGCUCACAGCUCUUCUGCAGUGUGUGUUCCAAGGAAACAGUGUUGGAGUGUGGCCUACUCCUCUACACGAGUCUGUGGUCUUAAAGGGGCAUCAGUGGUCCUGCCAUGCACAUACCAGUAUCCAUGGAAGGACACGUAUCAGAGAGGAGAGUGGUAUGAAGAACAGAGAGGGAGAGUCAGAGAACAUAGCAGCUCUAAAUAUCCUGACUGCAGCCUGAACAUGGACAACCUUUCAGAUGAAGACUCUGGUGUUUAUCGGUUUCGGUUUCAGACAAACCUACACAGCAGCUGGAUAACUGCCAAUUCUGCUGCUAUACUCUCAGUCACAGAUCUGCAGGUGAAGGAGGAGACUGUUGAAGAGAAUCAGAAUCUCAUUAAGGUGAGCUGCAGCACCUCCUGCAGUUUGGGCUCUCAGUAUGUCUGGUACAAGAAUGGACAGACUCUAGAACACAAAACCACAGCCUCCAUGCAACUGGACUCAACCAGACCCUCAGAGGAGGGAAGUUACUCCUGUGCAGUGAAAGGUCACCGCUCCCCUGCAGUGUGUGUUCCAGCUGAACAGUGUUGGGGUGUGGCCUACUCAUCUAACAGCAUCUGUAGAUUGAAGGGUUCAUCUGUGGAUAUUUCCUGCACUUACAAAUAUCCCAGAGAUCAAAGUAUCAACACAACAUUCUGGUUUAACCAUCAAAAAACAAGCAAUCACCCUAUAGACCUACAUUUGGAUAAAGACUAUCAAAACCACACAGAAUAUAUUGGGAUUGAAAGGAAUAAUUGCACCCUGACACUGAAAGAUAUCAGAGAGAGUCACUCUGGUGAAUACAGCUUCAGAUUUAUAACAGGGUGGGGGCAAGGUUUCUCUGGAUUACCUGGAGUCAACAUCACUGUUACAGCUCUGCAGGUGUUCAUAACUCCUGAAGCAGUGACAGAAGGAGAGAGAGUGACCCUCACCUGUGAUACCACCUGCAUUAUGACCAACCCGAUCUUCGCCUGGUACAAGAACGGGCAGCCUGUGACCUAUAAACACACAACCAGAGACAACAAGCUGCAUCUAGACCCAGUCAGCAGUGAGGAUGCAGGCAGUUACUCCUGUGCUGUAAAAGGACAUGAGAGUCUCUCUUCAAAUGCUGUCUUUCUCAAUGUGAGAUACGUGCCAAGGAAAAUUUCAUUGUCUAUCAGUCCUGGUGAAACAGAAGAGGGCAGUUCAGUGACUCUGACCUGUAGCAGUGAUGCCAACCCACCAGUGCACACCUACACCUGGUACAUGAAGAAUGGAGCUGAAUCUCUUGUUAGGGGCACAGGGGAGAGCAUCAGCUUCAAUGUGACCUCUGAUACCAGUGGACUUUACUACUGUGUGGCACAGAAUGAACUUGGCUCUCAGAACUCUACUGAUGCUGCAGUUCCUUCUGAAGGCCCAGAAGUUGUUAUGAUGCUGGUGGCUAGUAUCUCCAUGUUCACCUUUCUUGCUCUGAUACUUGGAAUGGUGCUCUUGAGGAAGAAGAUUGCAAAAACCACAGGAGACGGAAGGUUCACAGAUGCUAACAUGCAGAGUGACUCAGGUCUUGUGUACAGCACCGUCACAGCAAGAGCCACGACCUCUGACCCGGCACAGAGCAUAACCACACAUGAUCAAGACAACGUUCAGUAUGCCACUGUUCAGAUCAAUCUCUCCAAAAGACAGGAAGUGCCUCUAUACUCCACUGUCCAGAUGCCUCAAACCUCUGCACAGGAUGACGACGUUGCCUACGCUUCAGUUCAGUUCCAGAGAGGGAGUGCUGUCACCAGAGCUGAGGAUGACAGUGUGAUCUACAGUACAGUCCACAAACCCUGACCGGCGAGAGAAACAGCAGACCAGAAAUACCCUCAGGUCAUCUCAGCUGUCCAGUGGAAAAUAGAGGACA